AUGUUGGAGGGGCCGAUGGUCCUGGCUCUUACGUCGCCAACGACUGCAUCGUUGCUGAAGAAGGUGCAAGAUUCGAGCAAUUUGCAAGAAGACCCCGCCAUCGACGCCAACCUCCACCAGCCCUGCCGCAACCGCGAACACACCCGCAGCCGCAAAGCCACAUCACUGCCGCACAGCCACUGUCUGCAAUUAUCACCUCCGCCAUCUAGCCUCUCAAUCCAACACCAGCGUCGUCGUCAAUCUUCGUCUUGGAUGCCGUCAGCGCCGUCCAUCUCCUCUAUGUGUGCCGCCAUAGAUUUCGGUGUCCAAGUUCAAGCAAUUGCCAUAGGCGCCGUCCAUCUCUUUGUGUAUCGUCAAUCGAACACCUCCGGCAAACGAACAAUCCGCCACGCUGGCCAUAGACGCCGGCGGCGAUUUGAAGUGCGACGUUCGAAGGUGGCGGAGAACCAGACGGGGACGGGGAGGACACCAAUGGUAAGGGAUAUCAGCGAAACAACUCCACCGGCGUCGGAUGCGGUGUGGCAGCGACGUCGUAUCCUCGGACGGAGCGCUCUCAACGCUGACGGCGAAGUAGACCGGGAUCUAGGUAUUGGCAACGGCGCCGGAGAGUGGUGA